AUGGCAGAGCAAGCAGUCUCGACUUAUACCCCGUUGGAUGCGCCGGUUCCCCCCGUGCCUACCGCCGAGAUAUUCUCGAAACCGCAAUGGCAGACACUUUUGGCUCUGGCGGAUACGGUCAUUCCCUCUAUCAAAGCCCGCGAGGGUCCACACUCAUCCAAUGACAAGGUCGUAUCAUCAUCGGAGGUGAAUAAGGCUGUAGCGGCGCUGGCUGCCAGUAUCCCCGGCCCGGAUGCGAACCAAGUUGCCGUGCGAUAUCUCGAGGAACGACCGUCGGCAAAUCCAGACUUCCGGAAUGCGAUUCAACGGCUAUUUGCGGAAUGGGUGCAUGACGAGGGUAAGAAUGGGAUGUCGAUGGUUCUGAGUGCUCUCAACUCAAAACCCGGUUCUCUCAUCCUCACAGGCUCGACUACUCCUAUCGCGGAGCAGCCUUUGGAGGUUCGUGAAAGGGUAUUCCGCGGAUGGGAAACCUCUCGUCUGAAGCCGAUCCGGGCCGUUUACAGGGCUCUCACGGCUAUUUUCAAGAAGACGUGGGUGACUAUGAGUCCGACCAUUUGCCCGGUUAUCGGUUUCCCUCGGGUUCCCGUUCAUGGGAAGGCCAUGGACGGCCACGAGUAUGAGUUUCUGCAGAUGCCGCCCGGUGAUGAACCAGAGACGAUCGAGACCGACGUUGUCAUCGUGGGAAGUGGUUGUGGAGGGGGCGUUGCGGCAAAGAACCUCGCCGAAGCAGGUCAUAAUGUGCUUGUUGUGGAAAAGUCUUACCAUCAUUCGACAAGGCAUUUCCCAAUGAGGUUCAACGAGGGUUUCACGAACCUGUUUGAAAGCGGCGGCGCAACCAUGAGCGAUGACGGCGCCAUGGCCGUGCUUUCAGGAUCCACCUGGGGAGGUGGUGGUACGGUGAAUUGGUCAGCUUCGCUUCAGACACAGGGCUACGUCCGGCAGGAGUGGGCAAACGCGGGUCUUCCGUUCUUUACGUCCUUGGAAUUUCAAACGGCUCUGGAUCGGGUUUUUGAUCGGAUGGGGGUAAACUCUAACAUCGAGCACAACCAUAGCAACCGGGUCAUCCUCGAAGGGGCGCGUAAGCUGGGCUACGCAGCCAAGCCGGUUCCCCAGAACACCGGGAAUGGCGAGCACUACUGUGGAUACUGUACGAUGGGCUGUCACUCGACCGGAAAGAAGGGACCAACCGAAUCUUAUCUGGCAGACGCAGCCAAGGCCGGUGCCAAGUUCAUGGAAGGUUUCAACGCGGACAAAGUAUUAUUCGAUCAGACGGACGGGGGGCGAGUGGCCAGCGGUGUGGAGGGUACCUGGACCUCCAGAGACACUCACUUUGGUACCAGCGGUGAUGUCGUGACGCGGAAGGUUAUCAUCAAAGCGAAGACAGUUAUCGUGUCUUGCGGGACCCUGCAUAGCCCUCUUCUUUUGCUGCGCAGCGGUUUGAAGAACUCACACAUUGGCAAACAUCUUCACCUUCAUCCGGUCUCCCUAGCAGCGGCGGUCUUUGAUGAGGAGGUUCGUCCUUGGGAGGGUUCAGCGUUGACCACGGUUGUCAAUGAGUUUGAAAAUAUGGAUGGACAGGGGCACGGUGUCAAGAUCGAGAACCUUUCGAUGUUACCGGCUGUUUUCAUCCCGACGUUCCCCUGGCGCGAUGGACUGGAUUACAAGAUGUGGGCUGCCAAAUUCCCGCGAAUGUCGGGCUUCAUCACCCUUACGAAAGAGCGCGACGCCGGACGGGUAUACCCCGAUCCUGUUGAUGGACGGUGUCGCAUUGACUACACGGUUUCGAGCUAUGACCGGAAACACAUGCUGGAAGCGCUGAUUGCGACGGCGAAGAUUGCGUAUAUUUCAGGAGCGAGGGAAUUCCACUCGAGCUGCCGGGCACUGCCCCCGUUCAUUCGAUCAUCAGACUCGAAAGAAGCAUCUGAAGGCACGAACAGUGCUGAUCUGCAGGAGUGGAUUGCAGAAGUACGUCGCCAUCCCCCUCUGGAUCCGGAACGCACCUUGUUCGCCAGCGCACACCAGAUGGGUACGUGUCGCAUGGGCAAGUCACCCCGGACGAGCGUUGUGGAUGCGGAUUGUCGGGUCUGGGGGACAAAGGGGCUGUAUGUGCUUGAUGCAUCGGUGUUCCCUAGCGCCAGUGGAGUGAAUCCGAUGGUGACCAAUAUGGCGAUUGCGGACUGGGCGAGUCGGAACAUUACCAAGUCGAUGGCACGGAACGGUAAUGUGCUGGCUCGACUGUAG